AUGAACCGGCCGGCGCGCCAGGAGAGCCCCGCUUGGAGUCCCUGCAGGAGGCAGCAGCAGCAGCGGGUCGGCCAGCCGCGCAACCUGGCUGCGGGGGACCAGGGAGUCGGGUCCGGGUCCGGGACCUCCAAGGACGUCGGCGAGGGGUCGGCUCCCUCAAUUCACAAGCCGGCCCGUAGCAAGCGGCACCUGGAGGGGGUCCUGAAGAAAUACACGAACCCGCUCCAGGGCUGGCAGAGCAGAUAUUUUGUUAUGGACCCAGAGGUUGGCCAGCUCCAAUAUCAUCUGAAUGAACUCUGUAAAAGCCAGCGACCUGCCAGAGGGUCUCUGCCUCUUCUUGGAGCAAUGGUGGUCUCCUGCGACGAGUAUCCCUACAUGUUUACCAUUCAGUCCACUACUGGGGAUGCCUACAAACUCAGAGCGCUGGACGCCCAGGAGCAAGAGUUGUGGAUGACUCAGCUCCAGCUGUGUUCCCGACGCCACUCUGAAAGCAGCGCUAAGUUGUUGAUCCAGGCUGAAGGUCAGCAGAAGAGCCUGGUCAACUCAAUAGAGUCCCUACCCCCCCGAGGUGGACCCCUAUCUUCUCUGGAUGAGGAUCUACUCCUUUUUAAAGCCACCUCUGCAGCCACUUUGAGCUGCCUGGGGGAGUGCCUCAGUAUGCUGCAGCACAAUGUUGUCCAGGCCCUCAAUCAGAACCAGAACCAGAACCAUGCCCCUAGUCCCAGCCUCAACCCCAGUUCAGCUGGUUUGAAUCAGGCGGCUCCCGCAGAAAGAGUCAAGUCAUGGAAUCAGCGCUGCAGCUCCAGUGUGAACCAGGUGGAGCCCGGGGGCCUUAAGUCCAGCUGUCAAAGCCCGACUCACAGCUUUCCUGAGAGCCAGAGUCCCAAACACACCAGCAACAGCGAAAGGCGAGAAAGUGGCCCCAACCACAUCCAAAGCCAGAGUCAGGGCCGUGAACAUGCAGAUAGUUCCACUGGAUGGUCCAGCUCUCUUUCUGAGAAGCAGGUGAAUACGCCUCUCUCCUCGUCUACCUGGCCGUCUUCCAUCCAAACGCACAAGGACUCUUCUGAGGGACAGCAGCAGGGCCACACCAGCAGCCCAGAAACUCUGGAUCCCUGCGACGAGACCACAGACACAGAGGAGAAUGAGGAGGAAGACCUGGGAGUUCUGGACGACCAGAGAAGCAUCAUGCUUCACCUCCUGUCCCAGCUGAAACUUGGCAUGGACCUCACACGGGUGGUGCUCCCUACCUUCAUCCUGGAGAAGCACUCCUUGCUGGAGAUGUACGCCAACUUCAUGGCUCACCCCGACAUGUUCCUCUCCAUCACCUCCGGCUGCACGCCAGAGGAGCGCAUUGUCCGCUUUGUGGAGUACUACCUGACUGCCUUCCACGAGGGCCGGAAGGGCGCUGUGGCCAAGAAGCCCUACAACCCAAUCCUGGGUGAGAACUUCCACUGUUCCUGGUAUGUGCCUCGGGACCGCGUUCGACCUCUCAGGACUACCAACUGUACUGCGCCCAACUCUGCACCCACAGCUACUUCUGCCAUUCCCGGGUCCCCACAGAGGGGGACGGACGGCGGCAGCAGAAGAAACUCAGACUGCUAUCGGGUUCGGUUUGUGGCGGAGCAGGUGUCCCACCACCCACCUGUGUCGGGCUUCUACUGCGAGUGCAAGGAGAAGAGGAUGUGUGUCAACACUCAUGUCUGGACCAAGAGCAAGUUCCUGGGCAUGUCUGUUGGAGUGUCCAUGGUCGGGGAAGGUGUGCUGUAUUUGUUGGAACAUGAUGAGGAGUACGUGUUCACACUGCCCUGUGCCUACGCCCGCUCCAUCCUGACCGUGCCGUGGGUGGAACUGGGGGGGAAGGUGACGGUCAACUGUGCCAAGAGUGGGUACUCUGCCACUGUCACGUUCCACACCAAACCCUUCUACGGAGGAAAAGUACACAGAGUAACAGCAGAGGUGAAGCACAACCAGACAGGAAACAUUGUGUGCAAGGCCCAGGGGGAGUGGAACGGCGUGCUGGAGUUCACCUACAGCAACGGGGAAAGCAAGGUGAUUGACACCUCCAAGCAGCCAAUCAUCAAGAAGAAGAUCCAGCCUCUAGAGAAGCAGGGCCAGUUUGAGUCACGGCGUCUUUGGCAGCACGUCACAGCGUCGUUGAAGGCAGGAAAUAUGGACGCAGCCACAGAGCACAAACAUCGCCUGGAAGAGAGGCAGCGCAGGGAGGGCAAGCAGAGAGCGGCCACCAAAACACCCUGGAAACCCAAAUAUUUUAUUAAAGAGGGGGAAGGCUGGGUGUACCACAACCCUCUGUGGAAAGCUCACUGACCAGGAACCUCGGAAGCAGCCAUCCAAUCCCAGACGACUAGAGGGGAGCGAGCGAGGCCG